UACCUCUGGACCAGUUCCCGAGCACAAGAGCCUUCUUCGAGGCGCUACGUGACGUUGUAACAGCUCAUCAGCCUGCCUUUCUCGCCGAGGUGAUGCAUCGUGAUAUUAGCAAGGGUAAUAUCCUCGUCGUGCUGGAAACUGCGCUCCUCAAAGGUCCUGUCUGUGAUUUCGAUUCCGGAAGCUGUGUCGAUAGAUCUGCGUUCGGCGGCUCGCGUCCACAAGAUGAUAUGGAUGCUUUGGAACAUGACCUAAAAGAGCGGACGGAAUUGUUUCGGUACUCCGCCGUCGAUUUGUUACGCAAGACAGCGGAUGUCCUCCAUUGUGUCCAUCACGAUCUCGAAUCGUUCUAUUGGGUCAUCCUAUGGAUCGUUGUGUGCCACACCGAUCAUGAGCACCCAGAUGGCGCAGUCCUCUGCAGCACGGUAUUUCCAACGGAGAACGAGAUCAUCGCCAAAUGCGCCAAGAUCGCCUGGUUGUCGGACGGGGAGAUCACAAUCCGCGGUAACAAGCCACUCACUGACCUCAUUACCGACUUGUCAAUUUUGGUUGAAACUUCGCGGAAGCGGAAGAAUCGGCCAGUCGAUCCUCUGACCCAUGAAGCGUCCAUCCGAGUUCUCGACGAUGCUUUGAAAGCCAAAGGCUGGCCGGAGGCUGACAUUGACAAGGCGGGCCCCUUCGUACCCCCGCAUGUCGACGCAGAUGGCGAGGUUGUCAAGACAGGAACGAAACACACCAGGGGAGCCGACGACAAUCAGAGCAACCGCUCGACGAAGAGGAGGAAGCCGUCGGCGGAGGACGUACCGCUACCGCAAUCCGAAGAGGCUGACAACGUUGCUAUCGAGGAGGGGUUCACCCAGAGAAGUCGAUUGACGGUACUGCCUGAACGUUAUUGGACUGGUAUAUUUAUACGGAGUGCGAUGCAGAUACCUCGUCUUCCUAACGCCCAAGUUAGUUGACUGUAGUUCACGCGUCUACCAUACUUCGCAUUGUUACCGCAGUUGUUUGCCUGACAUAACAAUCACUACGAUAGACUACCUUGAUCACGGUACUAAAGUACA